AUGCCUCUGACGCGGCAGGCGUUUGAGGCUGUCGGCAAGAGAGUUGCGGAGGAAAACCUUAGCCACAUAUCGGGCAUGAUGGCAACCUUCAAGGGUAGCCUGGAGGAGUUCGCACGGAAAUACAAGAAGGACAUCAACCAGGACCCCGCUUUUCGACAGCAGUUUCAAGUCAUGUGUGCCAGCAUCGGGUGCGAGAGAGGGAGGGGGAAAGAGAGAGACAUAGCUAGGGGGGUCGAAGGUGCAAAGAGAGACAGAGAUAUGCAUAAUCGAGGCUUUUGGGCUGAGGUACUUGGCGUCGGCGAUUUCUACUACGAACUUGCGGUGCAGAUUGUGGAGGUUUGCCUCGCGACCAGAUCUGUGAACGGGGGGCUUAUGGCGUUGCCGGAGCUGCUGCAACGCCUCCGAGCAAAAGGAAACCGAAAAAAACGCCAAGAAAUCUCCACGGAUGAUGUCCGAAGAGCGACGUCGAAGCUGCAGGUUCUCGGGAGCGGCUUUUCGGUGCUCGAGAUCGGAAAGACCACCAUGGUCGUAUCGGUCCCUCGUGAGCUGAGCUCCGACCACUCGGCGGUGCUUCUUUUGGCGGAGGCUUCUGGUCGCAUCACCGAAGCGGACAUCUCGGAAAAGUUGCAGUGGGAGGGGGGCCGCCCGCGGAGGGUGCUAGACGAGCUCAUGCAGGAAGGGAUGGCGUGGGUGGACGGCGACGGGGCAGGACCCGCGAUGGGCGGCGGAGGAGGCCGUCCGGCGUACUUCUUCCCAAGUCUCUGGCAGGGCGAGAGGUUGCUGGACGAGGGCGUCGGCGAUGGAUAGAACAAAUCUGCCAUAUCCUGUUGGCGCAAAGCGGUGUAGCUCGGAGAGUAACCGUUGGCCGGCUUGGAGCGUGCGGCCUUAUCCCCCGUCUAUCGCAUCGGUACAUAGCACGCCAGGAUACUCUCCAGCGGGUUAUCGGACGUGCGCUGCAGCCGUAGACGGCACAGCUAGACAUACGUUGAACGGAUUUUGUUGUCUCGUUCAUAUGCACAUGAGGACAGGCCAGUCAUUGGUAAGUUGCGAGUGGAGUGUAGGCGCACCCCUUGCUGACCUGUUGCGUCUUGUUCUCGUUAGCACGCACAUUCUUAGAUGGCGGCAUUUUUUCGGGCCUACACCUCACGUGUCUGUAGAUCCUAAGUGCGUCUCAGCGUGGCAGAUCGAGGUAUAUGUCUUGGUGUUG